AUGUCAAAUAAUAAUAAACAUUUUCCAUUACCUUAAACGUUUGAUUAAGAAAAUAUUCCAACAAUAUCUAAGGUUUAAUACCCUUCCUUUGAACUCUAAGAUUAGAAUUAAUUGGCAUAUAAUUAAUAUGCUCAACCUAUUUAACAAGGUUUUCCAAUCUAAUACACAUCAACAUUUCAUAAUUGUAUAAUAUAUUUAAAAUCAAACAUAGCUUAAAUACCAAUAUAAUCAAAUUUCCCAGUUGUUGUGAAUUGUUAUUAUUGUCAAAAACAAAUUCAAACUAUUGUUUCUUAUGAAGCUGGAGCAGGAGCUUAUUUAGUUGGAGGAGUCUUGGCUGCUUUGGGACUUUGGUUAGGGUAUCAAUUAAUUUAAAUUAUAUAAUUAGUUGUUGUUUGAUUCCCUGUUAUUUAAAGGAUUGUCAAGAUGCAGUUCAUUUUUGUUCCUAAUGUUCUGCCUAAUUGGGAAGGAAAAAAUUUAUAUUUUGAA